AUGAAAUCUAUUGUUGGACUUGGCGUUCUUGCGGAAGCAAUAGGUAUUGGUAAGGAGAAUGGAGUCCUUACUCGGCUUGAUUUGGAACCUAGAAAGAACAGUUGUGAGGAGUUUUCAGCACCAGCUUGCAAAGCUUUGUCUUCUCUUGGAUCGGGUGAUAUAAUACAAUCUUUGACAGGAGGAUUUCAGCUCAGCAAAACCAGAAGUAAUGAACUACUCUGGGAGGCUGUAUGGCCCAGGUUACUGGCAAGGGGCUGGCACUCUGAGCAACCAAAGAACAUUGAGAAGUUUUCUUGGAGAGAACAUUUGAAAGGGCAUCAUUACUUUGAUUCUGCUAGGGAUGUCUUGAGCAAAGUAGUAGCUGAAUCAAAUAUUAUUGUGCUCGAAGAAGAAGAAGUUGAAGAAGGAGGACCAAACGAAGAUGAUUUCUCUGACGAUCAUCGUCAAUGUUACCUCAAGCCUCGAUCUUCUAUAAGUUUGGUGCAUUGUGGAAAGCCGUUGAAAUAUGUUCCGUCUAAUACAGUGCAUAGAGAUGAGGUAGAUGUUGAUGGUAAAAGAUAUAAAGGGAACACAUAUAGUAGGAGAGUAAACCAUAGCAAGGAUAUGUCUAAAAGCAUUACACAGAGGUCAACAAAGUUAUCAGUUACUGAUACCAAUGGACUUCCUAAAAGAAAACUAUUGAAGGUGAAACAAAAGAGAUAUCUGCCUGUUGAAUUGAAAGAUGCUUCUACGAUGACUACCGAUCUUCUAAGCGAAAGUAAUGGUGGUUCUUCACCAAGGAUGGUGGAAUCCAAGAUUCUGAUAUAUGGCAGAAAGAAAACUGAUAGUUGCAUUGGUGUAUCUAACUGUGGAGUCUUUGUUAAAAAAGAAAUACAUGAUAAUUCUGAGAAUGAUGUGAACAAGAUGGUCGAAAGCCUGAAAAGUCAACACACCUGCGUGUUUGAUGAUAGUCAAGUGAAGAGGAUCAUAAAGCAUGGGUUCUAUUGGAGAGUAAGAUCAGGUGAUUCUAAUCAUGCCGCAGUUCCCACUAAAGGGAGGAGAUUGACUGCUUGUGCCAAGGCAGAGAAUAGCCGCAUCAUUCAGAAGUUUUCAGGAGGUUUGGGAUCAGAUAAAGUAAGAUUCUCUUGUUCUUCUAGCUUUCUAGAUGUCAACCAAAAUGUUUGUGAUCCAAUUUGCCACCAGCAGAAUGGAAGUUCAAGCGCCUCAUCAGAAGACAGAAGUAUCAUACAUUGCGAUUAUGGUUCUUUGGAACAACAGGCUGAUAUAAAUCCAAGGAGACAGAGCAGCAGAAACAGCAAAUUGACAGUUAAAGCAUUGGAAAGCUUAGCAAGUGAAUUCUGGCAUGUGGCAAAGAGACAGAAAAAGAAUGACAUUCCGACACACACAGAUAUUUUCAAUCCUUGCCGCAAGGCUCGCACAAGAGGCAAAACAAGGCCGCGUCGGAACUACUUUGUUUUUCAACAAAUAAUAGGAGAUGGAAGUGUGAGCUAA